AUGUUUGUAAGAGUUGAUGUAGUUACAGACGAAGAUCUUCUGGCGCUACAUUCAGUGUACGGUCCAGUUCUUCAACGGGCUUUCGAUAUAUUUGAGAAACACCCCACACUUGAAACUUAUUCGACGGCGAAUAAAACAAGAAUUUUGAUAGAAAUCAAAGGAGAUAGCGAUCGUUGCUAUAGAAUAUUCCCGAAACUCAAUUUCUGUCCCUGCAAAGCUUAUAAACAUCAAGUUCUAGAGCAACAAAGCCAAGUUACUUGCAAACAUGUUUUGGCGGGAAGAAUCGCGUGUAUUUUAAAUAAAACCGUGGAUAAGUUGAUCACAGACGAACAAUAUUUGAUGCUGGUUAAAUCUAUGUUUGAUUUUGAUCACAAUGGAUGA